AUGAGAAUACUACCGCCCAACUGGGAAGGGAUCCAUCCCGCCUACCCCAGCAGACCCGCCCCCUUCAAUGAGUCCGCCUUGACGAAAGCCCCCUUCUGGGCUGGUGGCGCCGGUGCCAUUGCCGCCGGUCUUGCUUUACUCACAAAGCGCUCGCCUGCUCAAGGCCUCAAGACUGCUGCCUGGACCACCAUCCUUUUUGGCAUUCCCUCCGUCGGUAUCGAACGCUACGCCGGCCAUCUCAUCGCCAGACCCUACCUCGAGAGCAAGGGUCUCGAAAUUCCCAAGUCCAAAAUUAUCGAUCGCCCUUUCAGCAUCGAUGCUGACAACUAUAUUCUCGCUGGUGGUCUCAUCGGUAUUGGUUGCGCCGCCUCUGUGCGCAAGCCAUGGGCCAUCACUGGUUGGCAGCGCUGGCUAGGUGCCUUUAGCUGUGGCGCCUUCGCUGGCGCAUCCUUCAACCAGGCCUACCAUUUCAACACUUCCGCCACAAUUGCCGAGACCAUUGCGAGACAGCAAUCUCAACGCAACAUGUGGAGGGAAGAUGUCAAGCGCUUCAUCGAGAACAAGGCUAUUCAAGACGCCGGUCUCACUCCCGAUGCUGUUCAACAACCUGGCAUGACCUCAAUGGCCGACAUGCUCAAGAGCGUCGGCGGCGCACACAAUGCAAUGAUCAAGGAAAUGCACGCCGCUGCUGAAAAGGCUGCUCAGGUCGCUCAAGAGGAGGACGUAGACGAACAAGACCCGCAACCACACUUCAGUGAAAUGCGUGAAGGAGAGCGCGUCUUCUUCCCUGAACCAAACUACAAAUGGCAGCCUGGUUCUGAAGGCGUUGAACAGAUCGAGUCUCACAUUCAAAAGCUGAAGGAGAGGCGAUCUCGCCUGGCAGAAGAAGCAUCUAUGUUGUUUUACGAGCUUGCUUCCAAGCAGAACGCCUUCUAUCUUACCGACAAGGAUGAUUGGGAGAAGGAGCAGCGUCGUGUCGAUGCUGAGCUCAUGGGUCACCUUCCCACCCAGACCUACCUAGAAAUUUCACGGCUCGACUGGUGCAUUGCCGAUUCACAAAAGACAAGGCUGCAGCUUAAGGCUCUGGAGAACGGCCAACAAUGGUUGCCCCAGAAGCCCGAAAAUCAGUCAAAACCUCAGCAUGCUCGCCGCUUGCUCGAUGACUUUGACCACGAGAACGAAGUUGCUCGUGCCGAGAUGGACAUGCUUUCCCAGCAAGCUGCUGAUGCUCUGAGGGACCCAGGACUUGGUGCUAUCGACAUGACUACUGGCAAAGUGGUCGAUGAUCCUCAUGCACAGAUCAAGAAGGAUCUCGAGGAGCUGAAGCGCGUCCAGAAGGAAUCGGAUAUGAUCCGCGAGGCUAUCAGAAAGCUCAGGAAAGAGAUGGGCGUCGAAAAAAGAGACGACUAG